AUGCUCAACCCCCUCCGCAACCCCCUAACCCUCCUCACCACCCUCACCACAACACUCACCCUCACCACCGCCCUCCGCGCCCCCACCCUCCUCGAGCCGUGGCAAAUCACCCGCCUCUCCACACACUCCCCCUCCGGCUACCCCGGCGGACACCCCUACUCCCGCCUGCGCUUCACCAUCCACGACCCCAACACCAUCGUGCUCGGGACGACCAACUUCGGCGACGCCGACUUCACCCCGACGUCGGCCAACUGCACGGUGUGGUGGAUGUCGUACGAGGCCGACCCGCGCGAGGGCGGGUGGAUGAAUACCUGCGGGGAGACGGCGGCGGGCGGCGGGGGGUUGCAGGGGAAGUGGAUGUUUGAGGUGGUGGAGGGGACCGGGGAGGGCGGGGUGACGACGGAUUUUGGGGUGCGGGUUGCGCUGGAGGAGGCGGUUACGCUGGCGCAGGGGAGCGUGGUGAAGCUGAGGUUUCAGGGGGAGGCGGCGUUUAGGGUUGGGGGGAAUAUGGCGGGCUCGUGUGGGGGGAGUAGUGUGUGUAAUUGGGGGUUGAAGGAGGAGGAUUCGCCCGUGUUGGUCAAGCAGGAGUUGAUCGAGAUGGUGUGUGUGUCGGGGACGUGUGAGGAUGAGGAUGUGGAGUGA